AUGUCCCCAACGCAACCCCCCAUCGCCAUCCUCGGCGCCGGCCCAGCAGGCCUAACCCUCGCCCGCCUGCUCCGCCUCGCCCACAUGCCCUACAAAAUCUUCGAACGCGACCCCUCACCAACCCACCAAGGCCUCCGCUCCAACAGCGGCACCCUCGACAUCCACGCAAACACCGGCCAACUCGCUCUCCAAAAAGCCGGACUCCUGGACGCCUUCAAAGCCAAAGCACGCUGGAACGUCUCCACCACAAUCGCAGACAAGGAUGGCAAGGUUGCCAUUAGCAUGCAAGGGGAAGGCGAGCAGGACAGGCCUGAAAUUGAUCGGAAGGAUCUGAGGGGGAUGUUGUUGGAUUCUGUCGAGGGUGGGACUGUGAGGUGGGGUGCGAAGGUUAGGGAGGCGAGGAAGGGGGUGGAUGGGUUGAUGGAUGUGUGUCUUGUCAAUGGCGAGGUGGAGUCCGGGUUCAAGUUGGUUGUUGGUGCGGAUGGGGCGUGGUCGAAGGUGAGGAGUCUGAUCACCUCUAGCAAGCCACAAUACAGCGGCGUAACAUACCUAACCACAAGUCUCCACCCAGACAACCCUCACUACGCCGCUGCCGCAUCCCUAGCCGGACGAGGAAACUACAUCGGAAUGGGUGACCGGAAAAUGAUCGUCGUCAUGAAACUGGGCAGUGACGCAUACUACAUCGCCGUCGGGCUCUGGAUGUCAGAGAACUUCAAGGAUGAGAACACCGCUCUUGUUGACGAUCCUGAUAAGCUCCGCCAGUCAAUCUUGGAACAACACUUCACAGACUGGCCAAAGACGCACACCGAUCUGAUCCGACACAGCGAUGGCCAUUUUCACGUCUGGCCGCUGUAUUCGUUGCCAACCGACGCUAUGGACUGGCAGAGCGUCCCUGGCGUGACCUUGGUGGGCGAUGCUGCACAUCUCGCCGUGACGAAUGGCGAUGGCGUGAACGUGGCAUUGUUUGAUAGCUACUGCCUAGCAGAGCAGAUCAUCAAGCAUGGCCAGGAUAAUCUCGACGCAGCCGUGGCAGAGUACGAGAAGGAUAUGUUUCCGCGGGGCGUGGAGAGCAUCAAGGGUGGCCAGCAAUGGGUCGAGGUUGGUUUUGGGCCUGAUGCGCCAGCGAGCGUGUUGCAGGCAUUUGGUGUGGAACCUGGGGCUGAUCCAGCUGGAGCGCCUAAGGCAGAAGCAACAUCGACAGUAGCAUAA